AUGCAUCACCCCUUCAACAUUGCCAACGCCAUUUUCUGGUGGCACAUUACCUUGGCUUUUCCAGAAUUAGGAAUUGCACUACCCAACGAACUUCAUCCCCGUGCCGUAUGUGACGGAAACACAGCGACCACUCGGAGCCAGUGGUGCGACUACUCCAUCGAUACCGACUACUGGACUGAGCCAGUUGAUACUGGCGUCACCAGGGAGUACUGGCUUGAGUUGACAGACGUCGUUGUUUCUCCGGAUGGGCGACCAAGAUCUGCUAUGGCAGUCAAUGGAAGCAUUCCCGGCCCUACCAUCAUUGCGGACUGGGGUGACACUGUUGUCGUUCAUGUUACCAACUCUCUCUCUACGUCUUUAAACGGAACAUCUAUUCACUGGCAUGGUAUUCGACAAAACUUCACCAACCAGCAUGAUGGCGUAACUGCUAUUACGCAGUGCCCUGUUGCUGUCAAUGAAACGAUUACCUAUGAGUGGAAAGCAACACAGUAUGGCAGCAGCUGGUAUCAUUCCCAUUUUGGACUGCAGGCAUACCAAGGGAUCUUUGGCGGCAUUAUAAUUAAUGGUCCUGCGACAGCCAAUUACGAUGAAGACCUUGGUUCCCUUUUCCUGAACGACUGGGAUUCUCAGACUGUGGAUGAGCUCUAUCAGGAGGCUGAGCUAAAUGGGCCUCCGGCCUUGGAGAACGGCCUCAUCAACGGGACCAACGUCUACGGGGAAGAUGGAGAUGAAGCACAGACCGGAACUCGGUUCACUUUGCCCUUUACGGCAGGAACUUCAUACCGUCUCAGGAUCGUUAAUGCCGCAAUCGACACGCACUGGAAGUUCUCUAUUGACGGUCAUUCUUUGACAGUCAUUGCUGCAGACUUGGUGCCCGUGGAGCCUUAUACGACCGAAUAUGUCAACAUCGGCAUAGGACAACGAAUCGAUGUCAUCGUCAACGCCGAUCAGGCUGACGUGUCAGAUAACUUCUGGCUAAGGGCCGUUCCCCAGUCAGCCUGCUCCAACAUCGAAAGCGCCGACAAUGUCAGGGGCAUUGUCUAUUACGGCGAAAGCCCAUCGACUCCAGACACAUCUGCAUACGAGUUUGUGGACGGAUGUGAAGAUGAGACCCCAAAUCUCGUUCCGGCUGUUCCGAAGACUGUUCAGGGAGCCGAAUGGAGCGACUUCGAGGACGCCACUGUGGGCCGAAACGAUGCUGGACUCUUCAGAUGGUACCUAAACAGCACUACGUUUCUCGUCGACUGGAGUGCCCCGACACUACAAUCGCUUCUUAGCGGUUCUACUAACUGGGAGACCCAAAACGCCGUCAUCGAGUUCCCAGAAUACCAGUGGAUCUACUUUGUUAUUCAGACAACCCUCCCGGUUCCUCACCCUAUCCAUCUGCAUGGACACGACUUUUUUAUCCUCGCACAGGGUACUGGCACCUAUGACUCCUCUGUGGCGCUGAAUACUAAUAAUCCGCCUCGCCGAGACACGGCAAUGCUGCCAGCUUCUGGAUACAUGGUGAUGGCUUGGGAGACGGACAACCCAGGCGCCUGGCUUAUGCACUGUCAUAUUGGCUGGCAUGUUUCUGAGGGUUUUGCUCUGCAGUUUAUUGAGAGAGCUAGCGAGAUCCCUGCGAUCGUAGAUAGCUCGUUGUUGUCUGAUGUGUGUACAGAAUGGAACGCACACAAGGAUGAGUAUGAAAUUGUGCAGCAUGACUCUGGUGUGUGA